UGACCUGCCUGACAGAAGCUUUGGUGGACCACCUCAAUGUGGGCGUGGCCCAGGCAUACAUGAACCAGAGAAAGUUGGACCACGAGGUGAAGACCCUGCAGGUCCAGGCUGCCCAAUUUGCCAAGCAGACGGGCCAGUGGAUUGGAAUGGUGGAGAACUUCAACCAGGCGCUCAAGGAGAUCGGGGAUGUGGAGAACUGGGCUCGGAGCAUCGAGCUGGACAUGCGCACUAUUGCCACCGCGCUGGAAUAUGUCUACAAAGGGCAGCUGCAGUCUGCCUCCUCCUAGCCUGUUCCCUCCCCCUCCACCACAGCCUUCCUACCUCACCCACAGGCGCAGGAAGGAGGCUGGCAGGCCAUGAAUAAAACACAGCCUCCAUUUCUC